AAAAAACGAUAAAAUAAAAAAAAAAUAUGAUAAAAGGAGCCAGCACAUUUAAGCCCCUUCUAUGACGGGUGCUAGCUUAUCUGGGGACAGAAUUGAAAAAGAAAAAAAUGGGAAAAGAACUUCUACUCCAAUCUGUGCAUGUACGUGUAUCAUGCUAGGUGUACAGGCGCAGUUUAACUUCAUUUCUUAUUUGCCUUUUUACGGGGCGUUUUAAAAAUGAGAAGUUUGUCCCAAGAAAUUAAGUCCUGCCCCUCUUUUUUCUAGCCUUUCCUCAUUCGAUCGAGAAGAAGAAAAAAAAAAAUAUAUAUAAAUAAAGGACGCAGAUUCGGAAAGCCAAGAUGAAUUCGUUAAAAUCACCCAACGCCCGAGUGCAGGGCACUACCCACGAGGCGGCCAGUAGCAAACUUUCCGCCGUCAAUCUAGGAUAUUACUCGGACCCGUUCUUAAAAUAUUUUGUCAAAAGGGUAGAGAAAAGGAGUCCACUCAUAAAUAGGGGCUAUUACGCCCGCGUUGCUGCUAUGAGGCAGUACAUUGAGCUCUUUUUCAAGUCCCUAAAGGAGGAGGAACCCGUUCAGGUAGUGAAUAUCGGAGCCGGUUUGGACACCACCUUCUUUUGGAUAAGUGAACGACAGAAAAAUGCGACCUAUUACGAAAUAGAUUUCCAUGAACUGCUGCGGGAAAAGGCGAACAUAAUAAACCACGUCGAUGAGUUGAAGGCCUUUCUAAAGGGAGUUGAUCAGGGCGACGUAGAAAGCAAAGCUAACAUGGGGGCAGAUCUCAUCAAUUGCGCAAACUACAAAAUGCUUUCCUUGGACCUGAACAACUCGACACUCCUGGAGAAGCACCUAACAAGUUGUGGGUUCGACUUUUCGAUCCCCACUUUGUUCAUUUGCGAGUGCGUAUUAAUUUAUUUGGAGGUAUCUAGCAGCGACAGUUUAAUAAAAACGUUGGCUGGCCUUAUGAAAGGCACCUCAUGCAUGUUGGUGUACGAACAGGUUAACCCAGACACCGCCUUCGGAAAGGUGAUGAUAAGCAAUUUUAGCCAAAGAGGUAUAGAACUGAAAAGCAUCUUCCAGUACGACAAUUUGGAAAAGCAACUUUGCAGAUUCAAGUCCCUGGGAUGGAGUCAUGUCUACAUAAGUGACAUGAACGAAAUUUACGAUUAUCACUUAAAUUUGGAUGAAAAAAAAAAAAUUGAAAAAAUUGAAAUGUUUGAUGAGUUUGAAGAAUGGAGGUUAUUACAGAACCAUUACUUCAUCCUCGUUGCGUUUAGUGCUUCCCAACAUUUGAGCACGAAUGGAUUGUAUGUUUUUUUAAAGAACAUAAAGGAAGGAUUGGGAGGAUCUUCUCCAAAUGGGUGA